AUCGAUGGUCAGAUUACGACCAAGUUUUUUGCAGGUCAAUUUGCUCCAAAUAAAAAGACAAAGCUCAUCAGCCAAUAAUCUAAAACAAGGCAAUUUUCAAACAAAAACAAUUGUUAUUUUAUUGGAAAUUAAAACAGAGUUUGCCGUCUCUCUGACAAUUCAAACUCUGGAGAAUUUCAUAUACUUUUCUCAACCACUAUGACGUACAAGGGAAUAUGUUAAUAAACAAACAAAUCACAUACAGCUUUAUAAAACUCUUAAUGCCUUAAAAUAACCUUAAUGAAAACAUCACAACUGCCAAAAUAACAGCAAAUUUAAGCGUUGAUUAUGCCUUCCAAUGUCUCUUCCCAGAUACAUUAUUUUAUCACUUCAACAAGAAGUCUACACCAUACUCUGUGUGUUCAUCUGAAUCUCUCUCUUCCUUCAACUCCCACAAAAAUUUUCAGUACCAUGACACUUGACGAACCAGAGCCAAAUCCCGCAGCCGAUCACAUCUUAGAAUGGCUAGAAGGAUCAUUAUCAUACUUCCCAUCAUUUUUGGAUGAUCCAUAUGAUGCCACAGAUUUCAGCGCCGAUUCGUGGUGGGUUCAAACUCAAUGUCUAGAUCAAGAACCAAUCAGUCAAAGUCCUGCCUCUUUCAAUAACUCUAUUGCUACAACUGCCACCACCACAAUCAACACAAAACCAAUGGACUCCUCUGUAGUUUCCAAUCAACCAAUGCCACCUGAUUUACCCAAGAAGCGGAAAUUACCUGAUGAUUUGAGUCCCAUGAUAUCACAAAGCUCCCGAAAGAAUCAGAAUCCUCGGAUCGAUGAGGCUGAUGUAGCGGGUGCAAUUACUGGACAAGGGGUGCCCCCUAGAAGAACAGCUGCAAGCAAAAAGACAACGGGCAAGUUAGCAGUAAAUACUAACAACGGUAAUAACAAAGAAGGAAGGUGGGCAGAACAAUUGCUCAACCCUUGUGCUGCUGCUGUCACAGCCCAAAAUCCUUCCCGUGUCCAACACUUUUUGUAUGUUCUACAGGACCUGUCCUCGCUAACAGGUGAUGCUAACCACCGACUAGCUGCUCAUGGGCUCCAAGCAUUGAAACACCACCUAUCCCACCCUUGCAUCUCCUCUGCACCUGCAGGGUCUACUACUUUUGCUUCUAGCAACCCAAAAUUCUUCAGAGAUUCUCUGAUCAAAUUCAAUGACAUCAACCCAUGGUUCCGUAUUCCCAACAACAUUGCAAACACUUCAAUCCUCCAAAUUCUUGCAGAACAGGAUUGCUCAAGUAAUCUUCACAUCGUUGACAUCGGAGUUUCUCAUGGUGUUCAAUGGCCAACGCUCCUCGAAGAGUUAACUCGAAGAUCAGGUGGUCCACCUCCCUUAGUUCGCCUGACAGUUGUCGCUCCUUCUGGGGACAACAAUCAAUCAAGAAGUACUCCAUUUGCGAAUGGCCCACCAAACUACGACUUCUACUCCCAACUCCUUGGCUUUGCCAAGAUCAUAAACAUUAACUUACAGAUCAACAGACUCGAAAACAUCCCAUUGCAAAAUCUGAAUUCCCAAGUUAUUAACUCAUCAACAGAAGAAGUCUUGGUCAUCUGUGCACAAUUUAGACUCCACAACCUAAAUCACAAUAUUCCAGAUGAAAGAACUGAGUUCCUGAGACUACUAAGGAGCAUGGAGCCCAAAGGAGUUGUUCUUAGCGAAAAUAACACAGAUUGUAGCUGCAACAACUGCGGGGAUUUUGCAACAGGAUUCUCAAGGCGUGUGGAAUACUUGUGGAAAUUUUUGGACUCCACUAGUGUAGCAUAUAAAGGGCGUGAAAGUGAUGAAAGAAGAAUGAUGGAAGCAGAGGCAGCAAAGGCAUUGACAAAUGUGGGGGAGAUGAACGAAAGGAAAGACAAAUGGUGUGAGAGGAUGAGAAAUUCUGGCUUCACUUUGGAACUCUUUGGAGAGGAGACCAUUGAUGGAGCAAGGGCAUUGCUGAGGAAGUAUGACAGCAAUUGGGAAAUCAGAACAGAAGGGAGAGAUUACUGUGUCUGCCUUUGGUGGAAAGGACAGCCAGUAUCAUUUUGUUCGUUAUGGAAACCUUGUGACAGUUGAUGCAGCUGAGGCAUCAAUCUUUUCUUUCCCUAUUUCAGAAUGAUUUUGACAAUGUAGUGUGAUGUUUAGUUUUGUUUUAUACUGUAUAAGACAUUCUGAAAUCUAGAGAAUUCAAGUCAUUAUUGAAGCUCA